AUCCAUGGCUCGCAAGAAGGUGGUCGUCAAGUACAUCGCCAACGACCCAACUCGCAAAAUGACCUGCAAGAAACGCGCCAUGGGCCUGAUCAAGAAGGCCGGCGAGCUGUCCGUCCUGUGCGGCGUCGACGUGUGCGUCUUCAUCCUGCCUGAGGGUGAGUCGUCGCAAGUGCAGGUGUGGCCGUCGCCCGCUGAGGGGAUGCGCGUGAUCGACCGGUUAAGGUCCAUGCCCGAGCUCGACCAGUGCAAGAAGAAGCUGGACGGCGAGGACUACGUCCGGGAGCGCAUCGGCAAGAUGCAGGACCAGCUGCGCAAGGCGGAGCGCGACAACCGCCAGCGCGAGGCCACGCUCCUCCUCCACGGCGCCAUGUUCGGAAACCGCAACCUCGACGGCCUACCCGUCGAGCAGCUCGUCACCAUAGGCUGCAAGACGGAGAAUCUUAUCAAGAAUAUCAACGACUGCAUCGCGUACCGGAGUGGACAGCAGCAGCCCGGCAUGCAGGCUGAUCCGCUGCACUACGCCGCGACCGUCAGCAACGUCGAGGCUCCGCACCAGCAGCAGGGAUGGGACCUCAACGCCGUGGCGAGCAGUGGCAGUGGCAGUGGGAGCGGGAGCUAUGGCAGUGCCAGCGCCGGGGAUGGCCUGAUGCAGCUCGGUAAUAUGGAUGCAGGAUUUGCGUGGGCUGAUCAUGGUACUUAUCUUCCUAAUAUCUAAGGAUACUGCUUGGAUGCAGUCACGGCAACAAAAUAAUUCUGUAGAAUGCAUCUGUCAAAAUAUAUCCGUAAGAUAAUUCUGUAGAAGUCAUGUGUUGCAAGCAACAUUUUUUAUUUUUCUAUGUUCAAGUUAUCCUUAGAUUUUCAAUUUUUCCUCAAAAUAAAGAGGUUUAUCCUUUUAGAUGUUUUCUUUAUCUAUUCCCACAU